CUGAAAGCUUGCCUUGGACGUUUUAAAUUUUUUGAUAGGUUGCGUAAGUUGUUUAUACGCAAGUCGUCAGCCUUUGCUUGGUAACUUGUUAAAGUGUUAUUUAAAACUUGUGUGUCUUAGUAAGUAAGGUGCCGUACAGGAUAUCAUUUUACAUAUUUUACACAUCGUCUUUGAUACAUUUCUAAUGUCGAAAACACGUGGCAUGUGAUACAUCGGUUGAUUAGUUUAAUAUUUGAAUGAAUUGGGUGGACGUGGAAAAUAAAAUAAAUAGAGUUAUGAAUUAAAGUAGCCACCUGAGACUAUUGUGAAGCAGUCUUGUGAUCAGAGAGGCGGGGUAGAGAGUAAGGGCCCCUUUUAGGGUCUCUGUGCGUCUUGAGGUGAGGUGAGCUGCUCCCUACUUCUUGCCAAUGCUGGAUCUGGAGGUGGUGCCUGAGAGAUCAUUAGGAAAUGAGCAAUGGGAAUUCGCCUUAGGUGGGUUUUCAAGGGAUGCCAUUGGCCCAGGCCAUCUCUAUUUUGCAGAAACACUGCCGCAUCAUCAAAAACGUCCAGGUUCUAUACAGUGAACAGACACCACUCAGCCAUGACCUCAUACUGAACCUGACUCAGGAUGGGAUUAAACUGCUGUUUGAUGCCACAAAUCAGAGACUCAAGGUGAUUGAAGUGUAUGACCUAAGCAAAGUCAAAUUGAAAUACUGUGGAGUUCAUUUCAACUCUCAAGCCAUCGUACCCACCAUAGAGCAAAUAGACCAGUCUUUUGGAGCCACGCACCCUGGAGUUUACAAUGCUGCAGAGCAGUUGUUCCAUCUUAACUUUCGAGGACUCUCUUUCUCUUUCCAACUGGACUCAUGGAACGAAGCUCCAAAAUACGAGCCUAACUUUGCCCUGGGUUUGGCCUCCCUGCAGAUACCACAUGGGGCCAUGGUCAAGAGGAUGCACAUCUACACUGGCAACAACCUCCAAGAAACAAAAGCUCCAGCCAUGCCAUUAGCUUGUUUCCUUGGCAACAUCUAUGCAGAGUGCGUGGAUGUCCUGAGAGAUCAAGCUGGACCACUGGGGCUCAAACUCCGCCUCCUCACUGCAGGUUGUGGUCCUGGUGUGAUGGCUGAUGCUAAAGUGAAAUCUCUAGAGAGGAGCAUCUUUUUUGGAGAUUCCUGUCAGGAUGUCCUGGGUGCUCUGGGUUCACCACAUAAAAUCUUCUACAAGUCAGAGGACAAGAUGAAGAUCCACUCUCCUUCGCCUCAUAAGCAGGUUCCGUCGAAAUGUAAUGAUUACUUCUUCAACUACUUCACACUUGGAGUGGAUAUCCUGUUUGACUCAACAACUCACCUAGUUAAAAAGUUCGUCCUCCAUACCAAUUAUCCUGGACAUUACAACUUCAAUAUAUAUCAUCGAUCUGACUUUAAAAUUCCACUUGUCAUUAAAAAAGAGGGCGUUGAUUCUCAGACAGAGGACUGUGUGUUAACUACCUACAGCAAGUGGGAUCAGGUUCAGGAAUUGCUAGGUCACCCGAUGGAAAAACCUGUUGUGCUCCACAGGUCCUCGUCAGCCAACAACACCAACCCCUUUGGUUCGACCUUCUGUUUUGGACUGCAGAGAAUGAUAUUUGAGGUGAUGCAGAAUAACCACAUAGCAUCAGUGACCCUCUAUGGUGCUCCUCGGACCACCGGUCAAGCACGACCUGAGUCCAGAAGUAGUUCCCACUGAACAAGUAAUAAGAAUCAUGUUCCAUUCUGGCCUGUCCUGAAUCUAGUACCUAGACUGACUGAACUUCUAACCCAGAACCUAAUUUAUAGCCAAGCAAAUCUAACCAAGAAAAAAUUAGCAAUUCCCACCCAAUUUAGAUGCUACAUGCUAUUAAACAGGAACUCAAGAUAAUCCAGAAACAACCAAGUCAGACGUGUCAAUAAUCACUCUUCCAUGUGGAUCCUAAGAAACGCUUUCAAUCAGACACAGCUUGCACAGUAAACCAAAAAUAGAGCAUGCCACGUCUUUGAGCGCGAUGUUGUGACAUAGUUGCAUUAACCUGUAGAAUCAAUCAAAUGAAAUCAUUUAUUGGCUGUGUGGGAAGAUCACAGUAAGAUGAAGUCGUCUGCAUUCUGCCAUCAGCGACAAAAGACAGUGAGACAAAAUGCAAGAUUUAAUGCUGAACAUAAGGUAGAGUUACUGCAAUAGCAAAACCACGCUCGGACUGAAUGAGAACACAUCAAUCAACCACACUGCCAGCCAAACCAGAGCCACUCGUCUUCCUGCCACCGCCUCACAACCAGACCCAACUAACUUAGUCAAAGACUGGAUUUAAACCACAAGAACCAAACUAAACCAGCCCAGAACAGUGUAUCAAGCCAUGAGAAACUACAGAAGACUGCAACCAGAAAUGGAAAAACCCCAGAAUUUAGCUUUUGUUGUGUAGGAGAAGAAUCACAUAAUCUAAUGACUGGGUCAGUCCAACCACAUAUGAAGUCUCUGACAUCUAACAGUCCUCACCUCACUUGAUUAAUGUCUCCGUCUUUAUCUUCAACUUUUAUCAGCGGUCCCCAUGAAUACGGGCGUAAUAACAUCAAACACUCACAGCUGUUGUCGUUUGCAGGUCUGAAUCGUGCUGUGUCGGUGUAUGCUUACACACACCCAGAGUUGCAUAAAUUAUGAAAAACAAAUCUACACGCUCUUUUCAACAGAUGUCACAUUUCAAUAUUUUCAGUAAUUUCUUUAUUCAGUUUGCUGCAUUUCUGACCACAGAGCGUUUUUUUUUUCAAGACAAACACGGAGACAUGCAGGCAUGGCACAAAGAUGCAUGAACCCGGUCAGCAUAUUUGAAUCAGAGGAGAAUCAUUACAAGCACAAACUGGCAGUCUGUUGCAUUUAUGAUUCCGUGAGGGGCUUCGUCACAGUUCCCUUGUUUUUUGACUGCCCUCCCUCUCACUCACACCAUGUCAAUUUUUAAUGUUCAUUUUUACAUUUGCACUAAUGCACACCUUUGUACUUGAUUGGUUGAUCGUACCCUGUCCCUGGAGAGUUGUGGGAAGGCUGGCGUGACAGAUUGUGAGUUGUGUUUGUGAAUAUGUGAUUUCUCCAUUUGUGAGGACAGAGGAGAGGAAAUUGUGUUUGUCACAUUUCUUUCCAUCUACAUGUUACCAUGUCUGCUUUUAUCUCCACAAAAUAUUGAUGCGUUGCAAUUCCCGAGCAAUGUCUGCAUUUAUUUUUUUGUUGAAUUGCCAAAUGCUACAGCCAAAGACAUUUCAUUGAUCUGCUGACAUUACCACUGUAAUCUCUUGCCUAAACCUAUCCCUGUGUCACAUGUUGGCACUAUAUUUCUGUUACAUUUUUUCUUUUAAACUUAAGUGUCUUUUUAAUUUUUAUUUUAAUGUAAAUCCUGUUCAGUGUAACUGUUGGCAGUAAUCUGCCAUUUGGAUUAGAUUGCUUAUGAACAAUAGAGAGAGUUUCCCCAGGUAGCGUUGGUGUCUAAUUAUUCUGGGGUUAUUGUUUUCAGACAGAUACAAUUCAAGGAAAUACCAUAAUCUGCUUCUAGAUUCUAUUAAUUUUAACAUCAGUCAUUUCUUUUAACAUGUGAGUGCAGUUUGCUAUUUACACAAUUUUAUCUGUUUAAAGUAUUUUUUAAUUAACUAUGUAUUAGCUUUAAUACAUAUAUUCUUUUCAAUUGUCCCUUGACAAAAAUGCCAGUUGUUGUUUUUUUUUUUUGGUCACUUUUGCUAGGCAACGCUUUUGAUAGCACCAUCGCAGACAUCAGGGUCCGAGACAAGUUUGUAUCCAUCUAAAAACGGAAAUUAGGAGCUAUCUGAUUACAGGUUGCAGUCAAUUGAACUGUUUAUUUAUUCAGUGUGUGUUAAAUACUGUGAAUAUUAGUAAGUGAUUAAAUUGAGUAAAUCAAACAUUUCUUUUACCCAUCAGCGAAAACAAAAAGCAUCAAAUAUAUAUUGUAUUUCUGACCAGGAUUAUAUUUUAUAUUAACAAAAAAAAACUAACUUCUAUUUCUCAAUCUGUUCCCAAUCAGUGGUUAUCUUUAUUUGCAUCCGGCCUGAUGUUUACAAUCUGUGUUGUGUUGUUGUGGUAACGAGGUGAAAAUGCAGUAAAUAGCUGUAUUAUAAUGUCCUCUUCUUUACACAGUGUUUAAUAGAUUAUCACUGACUCAGUUGUUGGCCGAGUAUCUAAACAUUCCCUCAUUGAUUCUAUUAGAUUUGAAACUCAGGAGGAGGCAUCUGCACACAUCCAACACAUUAACAGUCAUUGAACCUAAAAUUCUUUUUUCAGACCUCACAGUAUUCAAACCUUUACACACAAGUCUAAACUGCACAACUGCUCUUUAAACACAAACAGAGAAAACAAUAACCCUUCUUUACAUUUAGACAUUUUCUUAACUGGGACCCCCAAGAGAUACAAACUGUUUUCAAUUCCAGCAAGUUCACCUCAUGAUGGGACUCCCAGUUGUAAAGGGUACGAUAAUGAUGGCCCAUAAGCACUCUGUUCCUUAUUUCUUUUUUUGGUUGAUCCACAUCUCAAGUUAAAUGGGGAACCAGAUGUGUCCAUCCCUACUCGUGCUAUAUUCAGGCAUUUUAAUAUCUCUUGCUUUUGUGCAAGUACGUACUAGAAAAUAAUAUGUAAAACAAUACUGUUGAACAUUGUGCCUCAUCUCCCACCGACUUUCUUUGACUUCUGUCUCUUUCUCCUAUGUAAAAAGAAUCCCCUUGUACAUAUGAUAUGAGAAUGCAUCUGAGCUGCAUCAUUGUCCAAUAUUUAUGUGUCACUCAGCAUUAGAAAUGAGCCAGUGUAUUAUUAUGGCUGUCUCAAGUCAUUUAAGCUUCCUUGUUACCUGCAGAAAAUGGCGAGUUGGGUUGGGUUUCCUAAAACAAUGUUUUGAAAGAACAUUUUCAGUUUGACAUGUGUUGCAUGUGUUUGCAAGUAAUCCAGAACUGCAGUAUAUGUUCCUGAAAACCAAUUAUAGUCAACAUAGAAUAGAUUAUUUUUGCCAAAGUUAGGAGCUGCCCAGAGGUAUAUAUCUGUUGGGCUGAUUGGUUUAAAUUCAAUCCUUAAACAUAAGUUCUAUCAAUUUAAAUCAAGUAAUCAACAUAACAAUGAGCUCACAAGCUCUGACCCAAAGGAAAGUAGAUAAGUCAAAAAAACAAUACUUACGAAUGUUAAAUGACUAAAGGACAGUGAGCCCACAUGAUGCAGGGCUCAGACCCUAGUUUUGGUAAGCCCAGCCCAGUGCUGUGGAUGCAUUGUUGCUGGGAGAAAACACAGUGAGCUGUAGGGUGCUGGGUAGUUUAUCUCACCCAAACUCAGGUGGUCAUAUCGCAUCCUAUUGCUGAUUUUCAGCUUUGCUUAUUUCAAUUUGUACAGGAAAAAGAAGUGACAACUUUAAACUAUGAGUCUGAGCAGCUUUCAAAUUUCACCUGAUUUUUACUGCAUAAAAUGAAGGAUUGAGUGACUGAUGAUCAGAUUGUUGUAAUUUUUAAUGGGACAGCUUCGGUUCAGUGUAAUGAGAAACUUAUAUUAAUGCUUUUUAUUGUCUGUUCUUGGUAUCAUAUGUUCUGUUGCCCAUCUCCAUUUUUCUCCUCAGAAUAUUUGAGGACUUGUUUUAAGCCCAAUUCUGGAAACUGGGCAGCUAAACUUAAUUAAAACUUGUGGAAUUCAUUGGUAUGUGGUAUUUUUAUAUUUUGAAUACUAUAACUUUGUGUAUGAAGAUCUAUUCAGCAUGUCCACUGAAAAAGGCAAUAACAAUAACAUGUAGUGCAAAGAGAACGAUUAGGUUGACUCAGCGCUUUGAUCCAACCAAUUACGUUUGACAGUGUUUGAUGAUGGUUGUUGAGAUGUGCUACAGCUGUGCACUCUUCAACUCCAAUGCAACAUUUGGACCUUUAUGAAUCCAGUGCUCACUGUUCUUUGACAUCAAAGUUCAUUGUCUGUGUGUGCAACCAGGAUAUGAAAAAUAAUAAAAAAUGUGGAUGUGAAAGAGA